AGUGUAUAGUGAUAGGCAUGUAAUUCUUCUGGAGAGUGUUAUAUUUUUAAUUGAACUAAAUUCAGUUUGUUUAAUUGGAUCUUUAGUUAGAUUUUAAGAGUCCAAGAGUCCAGAAUCAAUAAGUGAAUAAAUGAAUCCCUUCCUGUCAUUAAAACAAACAGAGCCAGUAGGAAAUGGCCUUUGUGUUACGGUAGUAGUCAUGCUGCCAUGUUUCUUCCUCUGGUACUGCGUUAUCUUCUAUUUAAAAAUGAAAAUGUAUGUUUUGAAAGAGCAGUCAUACACACUGCCUCACCGGCAUUUAUUUUGAAAGUCCAGACAGGAAGUGAUGUGUGUUUACUGUGGUCGCCUUGCUCGCAGGUAGCCCACACACACCGAGUGUAGUCAGCGGCGGUGUGUAGUGAUCGUUUGGCCCACGUACGGUACAUAAGCUGAUACGUUCGAGGCGGAGGACGAACCGGGUCCAUGUCACAUCUGUCCGGAGGCCGAGACCGAGAGAGGAACCGGGACAGCGCGAGCCUCCAUCCGUCCUCGCGUGGAUAAUCAGCGCUCAGUGGGUCUCGCGCUCCUCUGGAAACAAAGCGAGGCGAACCGAAUGCGGAUUUCUGAUUUCUGAUUUCUGAUUUCAUCUCCGGCUCCAGUUGUUGGAGGCAGCGGCGACACCGCACUGUUGAUUCAGACAGCCGGCUAACACGGCCUGCUGCGUGGAGGAGGAACACCGGAGGAACGUGUGUUCGGUACAAGAACUGUUGAACGCCGAGGAGGAUAGAGAUGCAGCAUUCAGAGGACUGAGCCUCGACAUGGAAGCAUGAAGCAGGAUCUCGCAGCCAUGAAGACGCCGCUGCCAUGCCGCGUUGAGCUGGGAAUAUCUGCACCCACGGCACCAUGUUUAGCGUGAGCUCACCAGCAACGAUGCCUGUCCACCCUGGGGAAGAAUGGUUCACUCCGGUACUGUUCCCCUUCCAGAGGCAGGGGACAUCAACGCCAGUCUCUGCUGCCUCGUUACGGCACUGCUGAACUUUUCUGCGAGGCCGUCAAUGGAGAACAUCUCCAUGGUGAACGUUUCCCUGGGCUCCCGGUCGCCCGCGGAGCCAGUCACACCGACAGCGGAGGCCCCGGAGAGCCUGCAGGGCGUCGGCCUACCUCUGCAGGUCUUCUUCUGCUUCAUCAUGGUCGCCAUCCUGCUUCUGGCACUGUUGGGAAACGUGGUGGUGUGCCUGAUGGUGUACCAGAGAUCUGCAAUGCGCUCGGCCAUCAACAUCCUCUUGGCGAGCCUGGCGUUCGCAGACAUGAUGCUGGCCAUCCUGAACAUGCCCUUCGCUCUGGUUACUGUCGUGACCACCAAGUGGAUUUUCGGAGACGUCUUCUGUCGAGUUUCGGCCAUGCUCUUUUGGUUCUUUGUGAUGGAGGGCGUGGCUAUACUGCUUAUAAUAAGCAUAGAUCGUUUUCUUAUUAUUGUCCAGAAGCAAGAUAAGCUGAGCCCACAGAGAGCUAAAGUGCUCAUCGUGGUCACAUGGGGACUCGCGUUCAUUUUCUCUUUCCCCCUGGCUGUUGGUUCCCCUCCCCUUCAGAUCCCUCCUAGGGCCCCUCAGUGUGUGUUCGGCUACAGCGUUGAGCCUGGUUACCACGCCUAUGUAUUGAUAUUAAUGCUAGUCUUCUUCUUCAUACCUUUCAUGGUCAUGCUGUACACAUUUAUGGGGAUCCUGAACACUAUCCGCCACAACGCCAUCCGCAUCCACAGCCACACAGACAGCAUCUGUCUGAGCCAGGCCAGCAAACUGGGCCUGCUUAGCCUCCAGAGGCCCUUCCAAAUGAAUAUAGACAUGAGCUUCAAGACCCGUGCCUUCACCACCAUCCUCAUCCUCUUCUCCGUGUUUACAGUGUGCUGGGCACCCUUCACUGCCUACAGUCUGGUAGCUACCUUCAGUGACGGAUUCUACCACAAAGACAGCUUUUUUCAAAUCAGCACAUGGGUCCUGUGGUUGUGCUACCUCAAGUCAGCCCUCAACCCUCUCAUUUACUACUGGCGGAUCAAGAAGUUCCGCGACGCCUGCCUUGAUCUGAUGCCCAAGUACUUCAAGUUUCUUCCUCAGCUGCCGGGCAACACGAAGAGGCGCAUACAGCCGAGCGCAGUGUAUGUGUGUGGAGAACAUCGCUCUGUGGUUUAAAGGAAAAAUCCACCCUCAGACACUUCAACACUGUUCAAAACACAUCUUUACAUAAUGCAUCCUUCAGGUCUGGGCCUGUUUUGUUGUUUGGUGGUAUACUUCUGACAAAUAAAAGAGCACUGCAUUUAAAAAAUAGGCCAGAGGUUGCGUUGGUGGAGGAGUGUGGCCAGAGGCUGAGAAAAUAAAAUAUAAUCCAGGAAGUCUGAGUCUCAAGGCUUAUCAGAUACCAAACAUCUGUGCACCAGGGUUUAAAACACUAUGAAAUCUGAUUUUAAAAUUGAGCUAUGAUAUGUUUUUGAUACCUUACUUUAGAAAUAUAAAUGCUAUUUUCUACAAAACCAUUGUUUCAUUUCAAAGAAGCCAAACUACUCAAUGUCUGAUUAUAAAAAAAUAUUCUAUAAGAAGUUGACAGACUUGACACUAAAAGGAAUUGAUGUUUGAUAUCCAACCCUACUCUUGAAAGUUAUCACAGCAGUCAUUUUCUCCUCUAUCAUGACGAUAAUGAGGUAAAAAGUAUGCUGUUAUCAUUGUAGAAGAGUGUACACUACAUAUUUGUUGGGCAGUGCAUUGCCAGUUGACAAUGCGUUGUGGCUAAAGUUGAGGCUGGGUUGACGACUUUUUGGCCGGAGAUCUCUGACGAAAUCUCUGGCUGUGUUCUAAUGUAAAGCAAUAUGGUCUGACUUUACAUUUUGCACCGAGGUUCAACAGUAAUCAGGGUGUGUAUGAACACUCUCAGUAGGUCAUGGGGUAUCAAAUUGACAAAAGUCAGCUGGAGUCACCACAGUAUCACCUGGAGUCACCACAUUGACCAAGCUGUUUUGGCAUUUUCUUUCCAUUGUGAAAUCGGAAGACCUUGCAUGUAUCUGUUGGGUUCAUUUGAUUCUCACUUAAUAUUUUUAAGACCUGAAAUCUUGAUUUAAAAAUUUGAGCUUGUCUUGUAGGCUACACUGGAAGUCCAGUUUGAGUUUGUGAAGGUUCUUUCGUUCAGGUCAUUGUAUAACGUAGAUCUCAGAAACCAAACAGGUACAUUUGUCUUUGAUUUAGUUUUUGUUCCUUAUCUCCACCAACAGCAGCUUCGGUAGGGCUGGUGUUUAAUACCUGAGUCUUGGUACCAGUAUCAUAGCAAUGCUUUCUUUGGUAUAAUUCCUUGUAUAUUCCAAACACAAGAAACCAUGCAAGAUUUUUACCUAAACACAGUCAAAUUGGCAAAAUGUUUGUCAAAGUCGACAAUAUUUAUCCCAGCUUUUAAUACUUGACAGUUUGUUAUACUUGGUUUCGUCAACACAUUGCUUUCAGUCCAGAAGAUGAUUCAAUUUGAUACCCAGCUCUACUCAGUAGACCAGAAUACAAUGUAGCAACAAUACAUUUCCUGAAACCAACCUUGAAUGAAUUUGCUGUUUUCUUCUUAUUCUAUCACUUUAGCUAUCGCUCUGACUAGACACACACAACACAUUUCUUCUUUGAGAGCGAUACAAAGUCAUUCUGGGUAACUGAAGAAACCUUUAAGUGAAGUUAGCUAAAGGAAACUGUAAAAUGAAAUUAAAACUUUGAAACUCCAAGAAUGCACUGAAUGGCACAUACUGUGUGGGAGUACAAACGGGUGAAUUUUUCCUUUUUAAUAUU